AUGAGAGACUUAUCUGAUUGGGAAAAAAUUACAGAUUCUAUAACUUUAGACACUUUAUGUGAUCGAAUUGGGAAUAAAAAGUUUAACAGGUCACCGUAUGUGUUUGGUCGUGUUUUGGAGCUUUUAGAACAAUGGAAUAUAGAUAUAAAGGAGGUGCUAAAAGCGGGACUUACUCAUCAGAAGCUUAUUUUUUUCCCCGACCUGCGUACGUAUGAUUCCAAUAGAAAUCCUAGCAUCCAUUGGAGUGGACUAGGAGUUCUACGACUUGGUUCUGGAGGUGUAAGUUCAGAAAACCUAGAAAAUAGGGCAAAAACACUGUCAAUGGAAACAAUCAUAUACUUAGAUGAAAAUAUGGAUCAUGUUCAGUACAAGAUAAUGUGUAAGGAUAAGGUUAAGUAUAAGGUUGAGGGUAAUGAUGAGGAUAAGGUUAAAUAUAAGAUUAAGGGUAAUGAUAAGGAUAAGGUUGAGGAUAAUGAUAAGGAUAAGGUUAAGUAUAAGGUUGAGGGUAAUGAUAAGGAUAAGGUUAGGUAUAAGGUUGAGGGAAAUGAUAAGGAUAAGGUUAGGUAUAAGGUUAAGGGUAAUGAUAAGGAUAAGGUUAAGUAUAAGGUUGAGGGUAAUGAUAAGGAUAAGGUUAGGUAUAAGGUUGAGGAUAAUGAUAAGGAUAAGGUUAAGUAUAAGGUUGAGGGUAAUGAUAAGGAUAAGAUUAGGUAUAAGAUUAAGGGUAAUGAUAAGGAUAAGGUUAAUUAUAAGAUUAAGGGUAAUGAUAAGGAUAAGGUUGAGGAUAAUGAUAAGGAUAAGGUUAAGUAUAAGGUUGCGGGUAAUGAUAAGGAUAAGUUUAGGUAUAAGGUUGAGGGUAAUGAUAAGGAUAAGGUUAAGUAUAAGGUUGAGGGUAAUGAUAAGGAUAAGGUUAAGUAUAAGGUUGAGGGUAAUGAUAAGGAUAAGGUUGAGGAUAAUGAUAAGGAUAAGGUUAAGUAUAAGGUUGCGGGUAAUGAUAAGGAUAAGGUUAGGUAUAAGGUUGAGGGUAAUGAUAAGGAUAAGGUUAAGUAUAAGGUUGAGGGUAAUGAUAAUGAUAAGGUUAAGUAUAAGAUUAAGGGUAAUGAUAAGGAUAAGGUUAGGUAUAAGGUUGAGGGUAAUGAUAAGGAUAAGGUUAAGUAUAAGGUUGAGGGUAAUGAUAAUGAUAAGGUUAAGUAUAAGAUUAAGGGUGAUGAUAAGGAUAAGUCGUCUGGUGAUCAGACUGAGGUUAAUGAUAAGUUUAACGGUAAAGUUAAGGUUAAGUACAAGGUAACGUCUAAGGAUAAGGUUACGUAUAAGGCUAAGGGUAAUGAUAAGGAUAAGUUUAAGUAUAAGAUUAAGGGUGAUAAUAAGGAUAAGGUUAAGUAUAAGGUUGAGGGUAAUGAUAAGGUUAAGUAUAAGGUUGAGGGUAAUGAUAAGGUUAAGUAUAAGGUUGAGGGUAAUGAUAAGGAUAAGGUUAAGUAUAAGGUUAAGGGUAAUGAUAAGGAUAAGGUUAAGUAUUAG